AUGUCGCCAGCAAUUGGUUUUCCCGCAACGGACAUGGACGAUAUGGAGGAAGGAACGUGGGAGGUAUUAAAGGCUAUGGAAGCCGAGAUGCUCCGCCAUUCCCCCAUGGAGCGCCGGGACUUGCGGUGGGGUCCAAACGGCAAGCUGGUUCCGAUCAGCUCUGUGUGGCCCGGGAACGUUGACGCGUCGCUGCUGUGCCGGAAGCGCCGGCAGAGACAGAAGCAGUCCAGAAAGGCUUCUACUAGUCGGCAGGAGGCGUCGCUCCCGCCAGCUCCUCCUCCUCCGGACCGAUUAGGGAGGGUGGUCCGCGAGCAGGAGCUGAGGAAGACGGUGCUGAGAGACGCCUGCAGAGAAAACAUGGAGGCCUUUCCCCAAGAUAAGCAAAGCUCGGACAAACAUAUCAAAACAGUGCUACAUCAACUCCUUGUCGAUGAUGAACAUGGCUUCAUUUACUGCUUCAUACCAAAGGUGGCAUGCACUAAUUGGAAGAGGUUCAUGCAUGCACUAAAAGAAGGCGAGCCCUACCCUGAUCUCAUGAGCAUACCUUGCUCCAAGGCCAACAAUCCAAAGGGUCUGCCUAGCCUUGCCAGCUUCUCGAAAGUCGAGAUGGAGGCCAAGUUGAAGCACUACACCAAGUUCAUGUUUGUCCGUGAACCCCUUGUGCGCCUCAUCUCAGCCUUCCGGAACAAACUCCUGUCGUUGAAUCAAUUUUAUUACCAAGGUUUAGGCCGACUCCUUCUGCGUCGCUACGGCAACCUGUCUGACCCUCCGUUGACUGUGAAGGAGGCGGUUGCGUCAGGCAUCCAGCCCACCUUCUACCAUUUUGUCCAGCACCUGCUGAACUCAACUAGCCAUAUGUCUGACUAUCACUGGAAGCAGUUCUACCGCCUGUGUCAACCCUGCUACAUCGAGUACGACUUUAUCGGGCAUCAGGAGACGCUUGAUGAAGACGCCCUGGAAGUGCUAACGUCCUUGAACGUGGAGAAGCUCAUCAAGUUUCCCCCGGCCUACCAAAAUGCGACGUCCCCUGCAACAUUGUCGAAGUGGCUUAAAGAAGUGCCCCUGGAGGACAGGAGGAAGCUUUACGAGCUCUACAAGAAAGACUAUCAGCUGUUUGGCUACGAACCACCUUACACUUUACUCAACAUCACACAAUAGAGAUGAGUUGAGGAUGUUCAACAUGGAGCACAGUCCUCCACCAAUGUAGUAAUCCUAAUUUGAUUCACACCUUCAUAGAUAACUUCCGAUUACAUUAAAACUAGUGCUGCCAAACAAAUACACUAUUUAAUCAGAUUAAUUAUACAUUUUGACACAGAUGCAAUUUUAUUGUCAGAAUGUCAUACAGGAACAUAUUUUAAAUGUUUUACUCGAAUGUGCAUCAUUUACUUGCACAAAAUAGUUUUAUCUAAAGUUCAGUCAGGAUGUAUUUUGAAGUGAAAUUUGCCAGCAAGCACACCAGUCGUAAUCUCCUCACUCAUAUUUUCCGUAGAGCUGACUGUAAAGCAGUUCUGCUCAUUUCUUGAUUCUUUGGUGCAAUGCCAGGGGACGGGGGGCGUGUGACCCCGGGGAACAUGCUUUAUCAGAAUCAUGCAGUAUCGUACUUCAAACCCCUCUUCGAAAAACUGCACUACAGAAUGUGCUCAUUGUAUCCAAUAAUAUUGACUCAUAAAUAGUUAUAUUCAUUUGUUUUUGGAGUUUUUUAUAUAUUGUGCUCAGGGUUAAUUUUGCUGAUCAAUUUGAAUAUUAUUAUUAUUUAUUGAGUUUAGUUAAUUUUUUCAUAUAAUUUCUCUUUACAUCAUGUCCGAAAAAUCCUACCCCGUUCCCACUUCAGAGCGUUUACAAAUACAUAUGUUCAUUUACUGUCUUCUCUUUGUAAGACAAUUACAUCAGUGAAUGAUUAAUACAGCAGUUUUUGCAAUAUAUAAUUAGGUCAGUCAUGAUAAACAUACUGAGAUGAAGAAAUAUCCCGUUUUCAAUAAGGUUGAAGGUAUUUCUCAUAAUUCUUCUUCCUUGUACUUUGUAAGCACUGUUAAUUUGAACAACCCCUUAAACUGGAUCAUAUCAGUACAUUGUUUAACUUAUUUGCUUAAUCCAUUCCAUAAUUUAAUUCCACAUAGUGAUAUGCUAAAAGUCUUAAAUGUUGUACGUGCAUACAAAUGUUUUAAAUUAGAUGUUCCUCUAAGGUUAUAGUUCUCCUCUUCAGUUGAGAAGAAUUGUUGUACACUCUUGGGUAGCGGUUAUAGUUUGCUUUGUACAUAAUUUUAGCUGUUUGCAAUUUUAUCAAAUCGUUGAAUUUCAAUAUUUUUGAUUCAAUAAAGAAAAUGUUUUUAUGUCCUCUAUAUCUAACUUUAUGUAUCAGUCUAACUGAUAUUUUUUGUAACGGACGGCGUGGCGAAGUUGGUAGAGUGGCCGUGCCAGCAAUCGGAGGGUUGCUGGUUACUGGGGUUCAAUCCCCACCUUCUACCAUCCUAGUCACAUCCGUUGUGUCCUUGGGCAAGACACUUCAC